AUAGGAAGUAGAUUAUUUGAUUGUGCAAAAGCAAGGACCACAACUUAUUUUUUUUCACGUUUAAAAUGUUUUAUUAUUUUAGUUAGCAAGUUACUAAAAAAUCUUACUUUAAAAAAAAAAAAGACGCAGAUAUGAUACACAAAUGAUAAUUGAAAAGAUGGCAACAAACGGAUCCAUUUUAGCGAACGGACGACGCUCAUCAUCUCCAGAUCGUCGAGUAACAUUUGGCAAUAUUGAACGCUACGACAUCUUGAUGUCAAAUGGAAUACGCCAAGAUACAGAGAACACAAUUUCUUCAGGAAUUACAAAAUUAGAUAAUCAAAUACAACAAGCUGUUAAACUUGGUUUUAGGUACUCCUUAGGAGAUGUUACUGUUUAUGGCGAUGUAAUUGACUUUCUUCUUGAUUUUGAAGUUAUCAAAGAUAAAAGAGUUGUUUCUGAAAGACAAAUUGCUAACAUAAUUCAAUCAGUUUUUCAUAAAGUUAUAACAAGACAAAGCGCUGCUCACUCAAUCAUAUUUGUAAACUUAGAAAACUGUUCACAUGAUAUUGUAAAAGAAGAGCUAGUUCGUGUGACCACAGAACCAGUUUUAAAAUCUUAUUUAGAAAAAAAUAAUUCUGAAGCACAUGCAUGGAUAAAUGCUUUGAGAGAAGCUAAUAUUUUAAAUUCGAAUAAAAGCGAUCAUGAACAAAUAAGAGAAAUUAAAGCUUUUAAAAAUGGAAUUGAAAAUAAAUUGGAUAAAAGUUGUGUUAUUAGCCAUAACACUGAUAAAAUUAUAGAAAACACAAACUCUACAAAAGAAAAAACUCUCAAUAAAUCCGUUGACAACUUAAAAUUUGAUGAAGAUUUAAACACCAUAUCCAAUUCGUGUGAUGAAUUAAAAAAUGUUGGCAAGCAAUCAGAAGAAGAAAAGCGUGAACAACAAUUUGAUAGCGAGCUUUUAAUAAAAAAUAAACAACUACCCAAUUCAAAAUACCGACAAGAAAAAUUUAAUAAUGAAAAUACUUUAAAAAACUCAGAUCAGGUAAAGUUUUGUUCUGAUACUAACAUUGAAUCAAUAAACAAAUCUAAAUUGGGUUUUUUAAAGCGUGUCACCGCUUCUUUUUCUAAAAUAAGUACAACCGAUAACAAAAAAAGCGUUGAGAAUGACGACGAUAAAAAAGAAAAUAGUAAAUGCAAAAGUGUAAAUGAAAAUAAUGGAGAAAAUAAAAAUCAAGAAUCACCUAAAAGUAACGAUUUAAAAAAGAAUUGUUCAAACUCUCAAAAUUCCGAAAAAUCAGUUGUUGGAUCCGUCAAAGAUAAGUUCGAAUCAUUAUCAAACAAACAAAACACUGACCUCUAUAUAAACAAUAAUAGUCGUAUGAAAAAAAGUACAUCAAUGGAAUCGUUUGCAUUCAAAUCUGCAAGAAAAGAAAAAAUGAUGGGAAAUGUGCCUGGUAACAGAUCAAUAGGAGGAAGCAAUUUUGAUGUUCGAUCCAGCUUUUCAUUUGAAAGAGGAAUUUCAAGUCGAUCAUCAAGCCUAAGUGCAACAGACGUAAGAAUUCAUUCAAACACGCGCACAUCUUUUAAAAAAACCUCAGGAAUCAGUUCCUUAGAACAAAAUAAAAAAACUUCAGGAAUCAGUUCGCUAGAACAAAAUAAAAAAUCAAAUCACGAAGAACUGUUAUCUCCUGAUGUUGAAGCUGAUAAAAAGCAGCAUAAUGAAACUGAAAAAAAACAGAAUCCGCAAAAAGAUAGUUUAGAAAAGUCAAAAGUAAAAGCAAGCAGUUCUCUAACAAAGUCUUCGUCAUUCAAUGCGCCAACAAUUUCAUCGUUAAACAAAAGUAAUAUAGGUAAAAACAAUCAGAAUAAGUCUUUUAUGUGCGACAGUAAAAGAAUAGAUCUUCGAAAUUCCUUGGAUGCGCAGAAAUUGCCAAGAAACCAACAUAGAUUGGAAGAUAACUCAUGUUGCGCAAAUUAUGAGUAUGGAGCAAACUAUGAAACGACAAAUGGUUUUUCUAACGAACAAACGUUUUUAUUACGCAAUAAAAGUGAAAAGACAAUAUAUAACUCCACUAUUGCAGAUGACGAUGAGCAACACCACAAUGAUCUUCUUAGGAUUGCGAGAGCAUUUCAGAAUCUUGAAAACAGAAGUACAAAACCAAAUGAAACUAUUGAAAAGUUUAUGGUAAAUGUGGUAGCUAAUGAUUUAGUAGAAUCUUUAAACGAAAGAUUAAAACUGGAUGACUUAUAUGAACAUAUUAGAAACAAAAUUUCAAAAGAUAAGACACUUCAUAUUAGAUCAAAACUCAAUUAUGAUAUGAGUGUCUAUUUUGAGUUUUUGUUUCGUACAAUGGCAACGCAUUUUACUCAAGUAGGGUGUGAAAUUACAACAGACCACAUCAGCAAAAAAAAAGUUUGUUUUUUAAUUCAUAUAAAGCUCAUAAAUAACAAUGACAUUGAUGAGCAUGCGCAAUUUAACAAUGAAAUCGAUGAGCAUGCUCAAUUCAAAACAAGUUAUGUGUAAUUUAAAUGAAUUAAAAAUAAAUCGAGAAUAAAAUUUUUGUACACGCUAUAAAAAGGUUAUGAGCGCAUUACAAGGGAUGCAUGCACAAAGACAAAUUUAAAUAAAAAAUUGUACAGCAAAAAAAUCUAAUGGUACACGGUACAAUAAAACAGUUGCAUGCAGCAGAAAUGCGUUUAUUAUACAAAUUUUUUUCAGAUUUAAAAAAGCUGUUGACGGUUUCCAA